UAGAUACGGAAGAUCCUGUAUUCACAAUUUGUCCCAGUAAUAUUAGCAUGUCAACAGCACCAGGAAAUUCAAGUAAUACUGCAACAUGGAACGAACCAGAAGUUACUGAUAAUAAUGGGGCACCAAAUGUUACAAGAACUAAUGGUUUGCCUUCUGGUUCAAAUUUUGAGUCUGGUACAACACAUAUACGAUAUGAGGCAACUGAUAGUGCUGGCAAUGUGGCCACCUGUGAAUUCACUGUUAAUAUUAUUGAUGAUGAAAGCCCAGUAUUUUCUGACUGCCCUGAUUCAAUAACAAACAAUACCAUACCAGGUGCUGUUAAUGCAAUCAUCCAGUGGACUGCACCAACUCCGACUGAUAAUGUUGGUCUAACAGAAGUUGAUGGUGGACAACUUUAUAUUUGUAACUAUAACCCAGGAUCCCUGUUUGGCAUUGGGUCAACAGUGGUUACAUGCACAGCAAAAGAUGAGUCUAACAAUACGGGGACUUGUGAAUUUAAUGUCCAAAUUAUUGGUAUGUGUAUGUAGUAUAGUGAAAAAUAGGGCCCCCGUGACCAUUUUUCGGGGACCAAGGUUUCUCUGCUGAU